AUGCAGGGCCGGCCAGCACCCUCAAUCUGGCCGGCGUCUUUACCCGGCCGAUACCUGGACGACUUUGGCGAGCCAGAGUUCUGGAAAGCUUUGCCCUGUCUGGCAACACUCAAGGUGAUGGUCAUCGAGGGUGUUGGCGCCGUGGAGUGCGGUUCCGCCUCCAUCCCGCAAUACCGCCCUGUCCCGAUGUCGAGGGAGGGCCGUCGCGCCGUUCAAGAGGUUCCUUGGGGCCAAAUCGCGACGUUGGAGAAUAUCAAAACCCUUGAAAUCGGCUGGACAAGCGGCGGUGAGCAUGCGACUGGACUUUGUGGUAGGAACAACAGCCUCUUCCUUCCGGCUCCCUUCCUGACUAACGCAUAG